AUGGAAGUCGGACCUGCACCCGCGACGUUCACCCAAACAGCGCCUGCAAUAACGACGGAAUUCCCCUCAUUCACUUCAGCAACCGGCUCCAAAUCCCGAAAAUUCCGACGCAGGCCGGCGGAAGACGAUGACGAGCUUGCCCCUACCCCUACUCCUACCACUGGCACUACUACUACCACUACUACUACUACUGCCGCUGCCGCUGCCGCCGCUACCCCGUCACAACCCUCACAAGCUACGACGGAGGAAACUGCCUAUACCAUCGCGCCAGCCUCAUCGCCCCCCCACUCUCCCAAUGCCGAAGGCUUGGAACCAACUCCCAGCCUAGCGGAGAUCCUCCGCCUCCGCAAGAAAAUUGCGCGAACCUCCGCACUCAGAGGGCUGGAAGUCUCGGCUCCAAAGCACACCCAGCAAGCACCGGCGCAGAAUCUAGAAGUCAACGGGGGCGCCGCUACGAAGGCGGUGACAGAGGCGGAAUUAGAGGCUGUGGUGAACAGGUUUACACAUCAGACGGGGCAGAUUCUUGAUGUGGAUAAACAUAUGAUGGCGUACAUUGAGAGUGAGAUGAGUAAGCGGCGGGGUGAGCGGAGUGGAGACGGAUCUGGCGGGGGGGGAGGGAGCACUGGUGCUAGGAGCGGAGGAGGAGGUGGUGGUAUCGGUGGUAGGACGGGCCAGGAGGGCGGCAGAUCUGCAUACUGGACUCCAGUAGUGCCGGAAGGUCGCGGCGCAACAUUGGGAAAACUCCAUGAAGUGGAUCUUGGCGAAGAGACCAAGAAACACAACAUAGCCAGAACCCAAGAAGCCACCCGCCGCCUGCAAGGUGGGGAAGAAAUCGAGGAUGAUCCCUCCACUACGCCCAACGCAUCAACCGCCAGCAAUAUCCCUGGCCGAAAGAAAAUGAAGAACCGCCGGCGUAGGAAUAGUCAGGACGUGCAAAGAGAUAAACUCGUCGAGGAAGUCCUCAAAGAGAGCAGACGUACACCCCCCACUCCCACCCCUUCCGCCCCUAGUGCUGAGCUAAUCUUUUUUUUUCUUCCCCAAAGUGGAAAUGUACACAGACCCGGACCCAACCGAAGACCAGCGCGAAAGCGAAGGCGCAGCAGACGACCGUAUCGCCGAGAAAUUCCGCCGGGAAUUCCUCGACGCGCUAAUGACCCGCCGUAGGCGUCGCGGCGGAGACGGGAAGAAGAAGCGCGACGAGAACAAGAAGCCGAGAGGUCCCAAGCUUGGUGGGAGCAGGCAGGCUAGGGCUGCUAUGCGUGAGAGUCAGAAUGCUGCUGGCGGGUCUGGAACUGGGAAGAAGAAGAAGUGA